CAAGAUUGUAUUAUAUCAUUGUGCAAUUAGUUGGAGGCAUUUCUCAAUCUCUGGCGUUGAGAGUACUCGUAGCAGGAUAUUUCCAACAUUCUACAGUGUCCUCGUACUUCUAGUUCCAUCCUUAGCCAUCGCAACUACGGAGUGUACAGCUCGUGGUGUCGAUAUUGGGGUGCCAGACAUCUUCUAGUCCAUUUAUCCGGCACAGAAGCGUCGCCAGCCGACUGAAAAUUUCCCAUCACGUGACCGAACGUGAUCUGGACAGCCACCCGAGUCUUUGUUUUUGACCCCUCAUUCACCUCAUCACAAAUUGGUGACCAUGGCUGCUCUGCCCCGCUGCGUCAAUACUAAAAUUCACGCCUUCACCCCGCGGAUUUCUUCUCGUCCAUCUCUUCUUCAAUCUCUCUCUCAUCGACCUGCCACAACCACCCCUUGGACUGUCCGAUCUUUCUCAUCUUCACCUGCAAACAUGACUAUCAAAGCCUGGUUCGACGUCGAGUACACCGACGCAGCUCUCGACCGUGCUCGAGCUGAUGCUAAGCGAUCCGGUGGUGAUGUUCCUCCUCCCAAGCGGGGUCGUAUCAAUUUCAACCUCUUCGACGAUGUAGUCCCAAAGACUGCCGAGAACUUCCGUGCUCUUUGCACUGGCGAGAAGGGCUUCGGCUACAAGGGCAGCAAGUUCCACCGAAUCAUCCCUGAGUUCAUGUUGCAGGGUGGUGACUUCACUCGUGGCAACGGCACCGGUGGCAAGUCCAUCUACGGCGAGAAAUUCGCGGAUGAGAACUUCAAGCUGCAGCACUCCAAGCCUGGUCUUUUGUCCAUGGCCAACGCGGGACCCAACACCAACGGCUCUCAAUUCUUCAUCACCACCGUCGUUACCUCGUGGUUGGAUGGCAAGCAUGUCGUCUUUGGUGAGGUCGCGGACCAGAAGAGCAUGGACAUUGUCGCUGAACUUGAGAACACUGGAUCCGGCACUGGCCAAGUCAAGCUGGAGUUCAAGCCCGUCAUCGUCGACAGCGGUGCCGAGAAAUAGAUCACUCUCCCCCCCACCCUCAUAGUAUGAGAGAAAGCAAGACUGCAAAGUUUCGGCGGGAACAAAUGCUUGUGGACAGACAAAGACAUGCAAAAGGCCUUUCACACACACACACACCACCACUCAUACAUGCAAGAAUUAUUUGAGGGUUGGUAAAAAGCAGAUACAAGUUAAUAGGAGAAAAUGAAAAGUUGAGCCUAUUAAAUGGCAUGAAUCUCCAUAUCAA